AUGCCCGCCCAAAUCCUAGACGACAUUUCUCACCGGCGUUAUAACCCCCUUCGCGGGAGCUAUGUACUAGUAUCACCCCAUCGCACCAAGCGGCCAUGGCAAGGUGCGCAAGAGAGUCCUGGGACAAUCAAUCUUCCAGUCUACGAUCCGAAAUGCUACCUCUGUCCUGGAAACACACGAGCGUCGGGGGACCGGAACGAGCAGUACGAAAACACAUAUAGCUUUGUCAACGACUUUAGCGCCGUCAAGGAGUCACAGGCCGACUAUACUCCUCCGGACGAGCCUGGUAGUCUUGCCGGCCUGUUGCUCCAAGCAGAGCCGGUCAAGGGUAAAUGCUAUGUCCUCACCUUCAAUGCUGCACAUAACGUCACGCUGGCGGAUAUGUCGCCAGAGGAGAUCGUGCCGAUCGUGAAGACCUGGACCGAUAUCUAUGCAGCGCAUCUGUCGCCCAAGUCUCCUCUUGCCGCUCUGGCGAAGCCUACACAUCUGCCCCCGAGCUCUCAUGCUGGCCUCACCACGCCCCAUGAGCAAUAUAGGUGGAUGCAGAUUUUCGAGAACAAAGGAGCGGCGAUGGGCUGUUCGAACCCUCAUCCUCAUGGGCAGAUCUGGACUACGACAGCCAUGCCUGAAGAACCAGGUCUCGAGCUGGAGAACUUGCGGAAAUACCAUCGCCAACAGGGCGGGGUACAUCUACUGGUGGAUUAUGCACGACUAGAGCUGGAGAAACAGGAGCGAAUCGUCUUCCAGAAUGAUACGUUUCUGGUUGUCUGUCCAUGGUGGGCAACUUGGCCGUUUGAGACCAUGAUUCUGCCCGUCAAGCACUUGCGCUCUCUGAUUGAGCUAAACGACAAGGAGCAGUUCGACCUGGCCGAGGCUAUUGCCGAGGUGACUCGCAGAUACGACAAUCUCUUCGAGACCAGCUUCCCAUACAGCAUGGGCAUCCACCAAGCUCCACUGGACGGUACGGAGGAGGAGUUCGAAUGUUCCAGUCUCCACCUUCACUUUUACCCGCCGCUUUUGCGCAGCGCGACGGUCAGGAAGUUCCUGGUCGGCUAUGAGAUGCUGGGCGAGCCACAGAGAGAUAUCACCCCGGAGCAAGCAACGGUCCGCCUGCGGAAUUGUGGAGGAGAAUUGUACAGGAAGAAAUUGCAGAGCCAAGGAGAGCAGGGCUCAGGCAAGACCGAGGCUUGA